GGGGCGAGCCUCUCCCCAAAAGCGUCAGAAAGCGGUGGCGGCUUUUGUGAGGGAAAGCGGCCUGACGGGCCCUCGGAGCAGCUCCGCAUAGGUCGGGCUUUCAGGCUUCCAGCGGCGCUGAGGGUGUCUGCAAACAAAAGUGAACUGACACCUCAGUUAUUUCAUCCCAAACAAGAUGAAAAUUCCCUCUUUGCUGCUGAGAUUCCCUCAUUGUUAUUUCUCUAGAAGAACUUACUUCACAAACUUAGACUUUGCUUCCAGAGCAGACUUCCUGCGUGUUGAAUCUCUCACGCCAGCGCACCUCAAUCAUAUAAAAUGGAUGUGGUCAUCAAAUGUUUUGAGGAGACAGCUGUGCCAACAAGUGGCCCCUGACCAGCAAAUAGAGGGACUUUCUGACAGAGAACAAAGACUUGUAGACAGACUUUACAAUGGACUAAUCCAGGGUCAUAGAGCCUGUUUAGCAGAAGCCAUUACACUUGUAGAAUCAACUCAGAGUAGGAAGAAGAAAAUAGCACAGUUUCUCCUUCAGAAGGUAUUAUCCUACCACAGGAAACAAGAAAAGUUAAAUCAAGGAAAACCACUUGCCUUUAGAGUGGGGUUGUCUGGUCCUCCCGGUGCUGGGAAAUCAACUUUCAUAGAAUGCUUUGGGAAAAUGCUUACAGAAAGAAAAUACAAAGUGUCUGUGUUGGCUGUAGACCCGUCCUCUAGUACAAGUGGUGGUUCUCUGCUGGGUGAUAAAACACGGAUGACUGAGUUGUCAAGAGACAUGAACGCGUACAUCAGACCGUCUCCAACCAGAGGGACACUGGGAGGUGUAACAAGGACCACAAAUGAAGCCAUUCUGCUGUGUGAAGGAGGCGGCUACAAUGUUGUUCUUGUGGAAACAGUAGGUGUGGGACAGUCAGAAUUUGCUGUGGCUGAUAUGGUUGAUAUGUUUAUACUACUGCUACCACCUGCAGGUGGAGAUGAAUUACAGGGUAUCAAACGGGGUAUAAUUGAGAUGGCAGAUCUAGUUGCUAUAAAUAAAGCUGAUGGUGAUUUAGUUGUGCCUGCACGGAGAAUACAAGCUGAGUAUGUUAGUGCUAUGAAGCUGCUUCGCAAACGUUCAAAGGUUUGGAGACCAAAGGUAAUUCGCAUCUCUGCCAAAACUGGAGAGGGUAUCUCCGAUAUGUGGGAUAAAAUGACAGAAUUUCGAGACCUCAUGCUCACAAGUGGCGAGUUGAUUGCCAAACGACGGAAACAGCAGAAAGUGUGGAUGUGGAAUCUCAUCCAGGAAAAUAUGUUGGAACAUUUCCGGAGUCACUUGGCAGUCAAGGAUAAGAUUCCACUUCUAGAAGAAAAAGUUCUUAGUGGUGUCUUGUCUCCUGGGCUGGCAGCCGACCUGCUACUGAAAGCUUUCAAAGAUGGUCUCUAAUCAUUAUGUUCUACUCUGUUCUUAUUAAGUGAUUUACAUAAACAUGAACAUUAAAUACAGUUUUUCUA